CGGUACUGACUCUAAUGAAGUGAGUUCAUCUCGAGUGGACUGCGUCUCUACUAUGCAAUGUACAAACUGAUGGAAAGUCGAUAGACCAGUGCGAUAUUGUAGACCAUUUAUUCGCAGCGCAUCCGGCAGUUUAGAACUUCCAGCUCAGCGCAACAUGUAGAGCGCGGCUGGUGCCCAGACGUACCCGACAGACUGGUGCGGUUUAACUGUUAUCAACAUGAUUCCGCCAGCGAACAUGAUUCAGGAGGACACGAUGGGCAAGGAGAACGAACGGGACCACCGUGAGCCCCAGUCACCCACAUCCAUCAGCCAGCAGGAGUCCAAGCUGCAGAGGCUAAAGCGUUCACUGUCCUUCAAGACCAAGAGUCUUCGCAGCAAAAGUGCCGAUAAUUUUUUCCAACGGCCCAUCGAGGAUGUGAAGUUUCAAACCGAACUGCUCUCGGAUGUCAGCAGCAGCACAGGUCAUCUGAGCAUCAUCGGUGUGUCUGUCUCAGCCUCCCCAGCGAUGUCCCUUCCUCCACCACCCCCUCCACUGCCCACCAUCAUCCCGGGCAACCUGCCCAUCACAAUCUGUUCUCCAUCCCGCGCCCCCCGCCCGGCGGACCCCAACGCACACACCUUUCUAGAGCACAUCUUCAAGAAGCCCCAUUUUUGUGAUGUCUGCAACCACAUGAUUGUAGCUUGCCAAGGGGGAGCAGGCAAGGUGUUCGGCACAAAUGCUAAGCUGGGCCUCCGGUGCAAAGCCUGCAAGAUGGGCAUCCACAACAAGUGCCUGGAUCGAGUUGGACAGCAGAGAUGCAUGGGGAAAUUGCCCAAAGGUUUUCGGAGAUAUUCUAGCUCCCCUCUGCUGAUUCAGGAACAGUUUGGCUGCAUUAGGGAGGUUAUGCCUAUUGAGAGUGAAGCGGUUGUGUCCAGUGAUGUGGUUCAGGUACCAGAAGAAAAGGCGGCCCACAGCAGUCGAGCUCAACUCACCAGGAAACCCAGUGACAACGUUUUUACGCCCCUGGAGAAUGGAACAGAACAUUUUCAUAUUGCUGAAAGGAAAUCAGAAGAAUCACCUUCAAACAGAGAGCUGAAGAGGGACCCACUGCAGCUCAAUACUUAUGUGGCUUUGUUCGAAUUUACCCCCCAAGACAACCAAGACCUAGAAAUGAGACCCGGAGAUCGAAUAAUCCUGGCAGAUGAUUCCAAUGAUGACUGGUGGAAGGGUGUGAUUGAAGAUAGAAUAGGUUAUUUCCCAGCAUCCUUUGCGCAUCAGGUGAGGGCAGGCGACAGGGUGUUCAGAUGUAACCGGACCUUUAUUGGCUGUAAGGAGCAAGGGCAGAUCACCCUGAAGGAGGGACAAAUUUGUGUCAGCGGUGAGGAUGAACACAAUGGCUUCAUCAGAGUAGCCAGCGGGAAAAAGAGAGGAUUCGUGCCCUGUGACGUCCUGGAGAAUAUAUGAAGUGAAAGAACAGAGAGAAGAGAUGGUUAGUUUAAAGAAAAGGGCAAUGAUCUUUGAAUUCACCUGUAGGGUGACACUGGAGGGAUCAGAACAGCCCUGUUCUAACCCCUGUCUCCCUCAGUGACAAUGGAAGAAUGUACAGUGACUCCAAAGAGUAUUUGGACAUCGAAGUCGCACCUAAAAAUGUAUAAACCAUCUGCAAACAAAUGAUGCCAGAGCUUUUCUUACUUUUCUAAGCAAUUUUAUAUUUGCUGAAUGAAAUCCAAUACUUGUUGCUUACUAAGUUGUGGUGGUGAACCC